AUGAGUUGUAGUUUGCCAAUUAAGGGGAGUAGUUCCCUUACGGCUACUCGCGAAGCUGGAUUUGUAGAGCUUGAGGAAUUAAUUUGCAAAGACAAAGAAGUUGUCUGGAAAGAAACUGCUCGCUGGAUAAAGUUCGAAGAAGAUGUGGAGGAAAGUGCUCAUCGCUGGGGAAAACCACAUAUCCCUUGCCUAAACUUCAGUAGCAUUCGCGACUUGAAAGAUAUACUAACAAAUGGGACRAUACUUCUGGAUUUAGACGAAAGAAACAUCAAAGACAUUGCAGAAUCAGUCGUUGAGCUCGCGAUUUCAAAUGGUCUCCCCGUCGAAGAGAGAGACGCUUUCGUUUCUUUGCUUGUMACUCCUCGGCAUCAGCAUGAAUUAAAGAAAAGUGGCAUUCGCAGAUAUUCCAAAGUAACCUCUACUGUCAAUAAUGAUUUGUCUGUUAUAGAGGAAGGUGAAAYAAAGGCAUUUGAUGGCUCAAGCAGUCUUGGGCUACCCAAGGCAUCAGUAAAGAUGGCACAAAGCCAUUCUACUAUAGAAAAACAGAUCCCUAAAAAUGCUGAGGCAACAACAGUCUUAGUUGGAACAAGUUCAGAACUAUCGAUACCUGCCGGAGCUUUUGUGCGACUCUUACGCGGAUGCAACAUGGGAAACCUAGCAGAAGUCUGCAUUCCUGUACGAUUCUUAUUCAUUCUACUUGGUCCUGAGAAAGACUCCCUCAAUUAUCAUGAGAUUGGACGUUCCUUUGCAACAUUGAUGUCAGACAAAGUGUUUCUUGAKUGUGCGUACAUGGCUGAGAACCUCGACGAUAUUCUAGAAGGCAUGAACAACUUUCUGCUUGACAGCAUACUAAUACCACCGGGAGACUGGGAUCGAAAUGUCCUAAGUCACACAAUACCAAUGCUUGCUGAUCAGUCCAAACAAAUUGCGACACACAGACGUCACGCAAUAACAAGAAUGGCUAGACCGCAGGGAUCCCCAGUGRUACAAGAACCUGARCCAGUCGAAACGUUUGAUGCUCUUGAGCGAACAGGGAAGUUCUGUGGGGGACUUAUUCGUGACGUGAAACGAAGGUACUCUGUGUACAAAAGUGAUAUCACCGACGCGYUCAACACACGUUGUCUAAUGGCGACCAUCUUCGUUUACUUCGCCUGUCUUGCUCCGGCCAUYUCCUUUGGAGGCCUCCUUAAUCAGAAGACGAAUGGUUGGAUGGGUGUCUCCGAGAUGAUGUUUGCCACGGCAUUAUCUGGUGUCAUAUUCGCCCUUUUCGCUGGUCAGCCAUURAUGAUAAUUGGCGCAACAGGUCCUCUUAUCGUGUUUGAACAGAGCACUUAUGUCCUCUGUGAAAAUUUCGGCAUUGAGUUCAUGCCAUGGAGAGCGUGGGUGGGGCUUUGGGUAAUGGUGAUAUGUUUYGCGAUCGUCGCCGUUGAAGGGUGUUUCCUGAUACAGUACUUCACGAGGUUUACCGAGGAAAUAUUUGCACUUUUGAUCUCAAUCAUCUUCAUCUAUGAUGGACUGUCGCACAUUUGGAAAAUGUACGACUACAAGAACCAAAUGGUUCCUGGAGAAGAAUUGCAUAGCUCAGAAUACUACCUGAACACUGCAUUGUUCUCGACUAUAGUMUUGUUUGGCACGUUCUUCAUCGCUCACAGCCUACGUGGGAUUAGACACAGCCACUUCUUUGGCCACGUUGCUCGCCGGAUUGUAAGUGAUUUUGGUGUUCUUAUCGCUAUCGUUGCCAUGAUCUUCCUGGAUAUGAUUGCUGGUGGUAUUUCGACGGAAAAACUGGAAGCUCCAGGUGGUUUUACCUUGACCUCGUCUCAAAGAGAAAGUUGGUUUAUUAACCCAAUGGGCCAGGAACAAGCUAUGUCCGUUGGCAACAUCCUGGCAGCUCUGAUUCCCGCAAUYCUUGUAAGUAUCUUGCUUUUUAUGGAGGUGGAGUUCUGCAAUGUCAUUCUCGACAAGAAAGACAACAAGCUUAAAAAGGGACCUGGUUAUAAUCUUGAUUUCUUCAUCGUUGGUCUUCUUGUUGGACUUUGUUCCCUGCUUGGUCUACCUUGGAUGUGUGCCACACCCGUUCAUACAGUGUCCCACUUCCAUGCUUUGUCAGUGUUAAGCACCAAUAACCCACCUGGUGAGCAUCCUCAUCUGAUUGAAGUCAAAGAGCAAAGGGUAACGAAUGUGGUCAUACACAUUCUAAUCGGCGUCACCGUCCUCCUCGCUCCAGUACUACGUCUUAUUCCAAUUUCUGUACUCUUUGGUGUCUUCAUWUUUCUAGGAGUGUCUUCGUUAUCUCACAUUCAGCUGUGUGAAAGAGCUAAAUUACUCAUCAUCCCUCCAAGCCACCAUCCCGACCUGAGYUAUGUGCGCAAUGUUUCCACUUUAAAGAUGCACAUGUUCACCAUAGUCCAGUUAGUUUGUGUGGUUGCCCUCGUGGUCAUAAAGCUCACGCCCGUGGCUCCAGCGUUCCCRUUUUUCAUCAUUUGCUUGAUUCCUAUCAGGAAGUUCUUAGAGCGUUUCUAUGAAGAGGAGGAACUUGACGAGUUAGAUCACGAAGUUGACGAGRUCUAUGACAGUGAUCUAGACGAUUAUGACUCUAUCCAUGUUCCUGUGUAAAUAUAACUUGCACACUGAAAACAAUAUUUAUUGUGUAUAAUUUACAUAUUUGUUCUACAUAUAUAUAUAUAUCGGUGUUAUCUAUAUUGUAUAUAUAUUUCAAUGUUAUAGAUGGUAAUGUGCCAGUCUUAAAAUCAAGAACAACCCCAUAUAUU